AUGGCGCCUCCCAAUAAAGACGAAGAGGCAUAUCCGAUCGCCUAUCAACCCCUCAACAAGGAUAAACGAGAGAUACGUCUUCUUGAGAUCCUUCCCAGCACCCCUGAAGGCAAAGUCAACUGCAAACUCCACACCGUCCCCCUUACACCGGAUCUUUACUACACCUGCAUCUCCUACGUCUGGGGUAACCCAAAUGACAAGGAAGUCAUCAUCGUCAAUGGCGUCCCGACAAAGGUCGCCUGGAGUCUUAUUAAUGCACUUCGACACCUGAAGAAACACUGGACUGAUAUUGAACGAAAGUCAGAUCCUGAGCUCGACCCCUCCAAGUUUCGCUUGUGGGCUGAUGCGCUUUGUAUCAACCAAGAGGAUCUUACCGAAAAACGGGAUCAAGUCGGCAUGAUGGCAGAUAUCUACUCUUCGGCAGCAAUGGUUCUGGCCUGGAUUCAUCCAAGCGGCAAAGUUGUCAAAAAAGCGUUUAAGACUUUCGAAAAGAUAGUUCAAAUCGCUGAAGAAAACGUGGACAGUGAGAGCUGGGAUAACGCAUUACCGUCCAAGUUUACAGGCCCUACAGAAAUAGAACUGUUCAGGAUUUGCGAAAGCCUACCUCCCUGGAAACCUAGCCAGCUGUCAUGGCUCUGUCCAAGCGGCUCUACUGGUAUUGAUUUACUCGACUUCGUAAAACUCCUUGUCGAUCCUUAUGGGGCCGUGUUCAAAUUCUGUAGACUCGAUUUUUGGAACAGAGUGUGGAUUUAUCAGGAGGUCAUUCUUGCGAAGAGGCUGUACUUUGUGUCCCGAACUCGCUGCAUAGAGCAUUCGAUAUGUCUCGUGGCAUUGUAUGGACUAAUGGCCUAUAUGCAACACUUGAAAAGAACGAACCUGGUGUCGUGGAAGGAGGACAAUAUCGAUAUGUUGCAGUCCGUGUUUUCCAAGAUCUGGAAUCUCUUAAAGACGCGCUUUGUGUUUCGAGGAAUUCUCGAUGGCGAUCAAGACCCUGACUCUUGUUUGUGGCAUCUGGGCUUGUACUUCUAUCCAGAUUCGGAGGCCUCCAAUAAGUUGGAUUAUUUCUAUGGUCUCUCGGGUGUGACGACAUCGCCAUUCGCCCCUGACUAUACCAAGAGCAUUCGAGAGGUAACCCUGGAGUUCAUGGCGUGGGUUUUGCCCAUCUGGAAAUCUGCCAAAGAAAGGACAAGAAAGGACAGUCGCCAAAUCCUUAGCUUCCUGAGCAUUCAUGCUACUGGCCUUAAGCGUGUUGACCGUCUACCGAGCUGGGUACCUGUUUUCUCAAAGGCUGACAGACGACGGCCAAUUGUGAGGGUACUCAAAAAGUCAUGCCCUGCAUAUGUUACAGUGCCUGAGCUAUCCAACGGUCUGCCUAUGGAUAUUGAUGGCGAUAGUUUAUGGAUCAAAGGAAUCAAGGCACAGACUGUAAAGAGUGUUUAUGGUGAGCUUGUUUCUGGGGAUCUCUUGACAACAGGACUACAAAAAUGUAUCAUGGAACUCACAAAGUCCCCACAAGAUAUCUACCCCACCGGCAAGAGCGCACUAGAGGUACUCUGCUGCACUCUGCUGCGAAAAGAAGAAUACGAUAACUAUGCUUUCGAUGUAGGUCUUUGCAUAGGCUGUUGGAUUCACCGGAGAUAUCCAUGUGACGACAGAUACUGGAUGAUGCAAUGGUCACAAAAACCCUACGUUGGCGCGGUACUAUCCGAGUGGCAUGAAGCCGGUCGAAUCCACAAAGGCAAUAGGCUCUUUACAACCAAGGAUGGCUAUAUCGGCACGAUGCCAGAUGAUGUACUACCGGGAGAUGUGGUCUGUGUUCUUGCAGGCUCUGAAGAGCUUGCAGUUCUCCGCCCUGAGGAUGACCACUACCUUUUUGUUGGGUGUUGCUUUAUGAUAGGUCUGAUGAAUGGCGAGAUCUCGAAGUUUCUGGCGUCAGGGAAGGCUAAGAUUGAAUCUAUUGAAAUCCGAUGA